AUGGCUGCCUGCAGCCUGCCUCUGGGACUGUGGCUGCUGCUGCUGCUCCAGGACAUCCAGACCACCCCACAGCAAUCCUUAACCCCACCUCAUUCCUGUGGCACACGAGAGAAUUGGUUCUAUGAUGAAACUUCACAAAACUGCUGUUACCAGUGUCCCUCAGGCUAUGUUAAAAAGAAAGCAUGUCCUCAGGAUCCAGCUGCAGACUGCAUGACCUGUGGACCUGAUCAGUACCUGAACAAUAAAUCCAAAAAGCCACAAUGUGAUGCCUGUGUGUCAUGCUCAAAAGACCUGGUGGAGAAGCAGCCGUGCUCCCUCAGCUCCAGCCGCGUCUGUGAGUGCCGGCCCGGCCUGUUCUGCCAGCUGCCCGUGGUGGACAGCUGCUCCCGCUGCCAGCAGCACUCUGCCUGCAAGCCUGGCUUUGGGGUCAAAACCAGGGGCACCUCAACAAAUGAUGUGACUUGUGAAGAGUGCCCUGCUGGGACCUUCUCUGAUCAAAGCUCCAGCACUGACAUCUGCAAACCCCACACCAACUGUGCCAAGUUGAACAAAGUCACCCUAAGGAAAGGAAAUGCCACACACGAUCAAGUUUGCCUGGAGCAGCUGCCCACUUACCUCACCCCAAGCACUUUGUCCAUGAGAUUCAGCAAUGAAACAAAUAACUUUGACCUGAGGAUGGUGAAGGAGAACCUGGUGACCUCUGCUAGUGGUGACCUUCUAAGUGUUACAACAGCCAAAAAUCCCAGUUCAACUCCUGAGGAGAAAGCUCAGGCUCCCACCUCAGCCAAGGGGGAGAUGACAACAGGAGGUGUGGUGCUUUGGGCAGUGGUUCUCUCCCUGGGAGUGCUUCUUGGGGCCAUGCUGGUGUUUUGGAAAUGGAAGGUUUGCAAGAAGAGGAUCCUCGUCCUCAGGAGAAAGCCACACCUGCAUUCGGUCAUCGCACACAAAUACGUGCUCAAGUCUCCAGGCUCGGAUCUCGUGAACAAAUGUGCAAAGAUCAUACUGACCACUGAGGGUGGGCUGGAAGAGGAGGAGCUGAUUGACAGAGCCCUUCCUUUGGAAACCAACAAUAACUUGGUGUCCAGCCCAGAAAAAGCCCCGAGUCCUCACUGGAGUGUGGCUGAGGUGACACCAAGCAGUGGCAAUGCCCCAGAGUGCCCCGUGGAUCCUCGAGUCAGAGACCACACAAAUAACAGAAUUGAAAAACUCUACAUCAUGAAGGCCGACACUGUUAUCGUGGGGUCUGUCUCAGAAGUGCCCAGUGGCAAGAACUGUGCUGUUAAAGGAUGUGAAAAUACCCUUGAUGCCCAGGAAAGCACAGAGGAGGAACUGGAAAUGCACUACCCAGAGCAGGAGACAGAGUCCUUUCCAGGGAAUGAUGUAAUGGUGCCUGUGGAAGAGGAGGGAAAGGAAUUUCACCACCCUACCACUGCCACUGAGAAGUGA